CCGAGGCUGCUCUGCCUAUUGGGUUCUUGAUUUGAUCCCUUAUUCGGAUUGGCGAGCUUCUUGAUUCAUUUGGGAAUGAUUUUGUUGGGCGUUGCUGUACGAGAAAUGCUGUGGAUGCCUCGCUUUUUUAGCGAUUAAUGAGUCAUAACAUGCUUAUUGUUAUUGCUAAUGAUCUAUGCAAGACUGAAGGCUGAGAGAUGAAAGAGAACAGUUCAUCUAACACUAACAGUAAAAUGAUUAACCGGAACUGGGUUUUGAAGCGCAAACGUAGAAAACUUCCUUAUGGACCUGAUGUAGCUAAUGUCAAAGAAGACAAUGCAGCUGCAUCUGGAUCUGCUAGAAAUACUUCUUCAGCUAAACGCAAAGUGAAGACUGAGAUAAUUAAUGAGCGAUUUUCAUCCAAAAAGAAAGGAAAUGACGGGUAUUUUUAUGAGUGUGUGGUCUGUGACCUUGGUGGUAACUUGUUGUGUUGCGAUAGCUGUCCACGCACUUAUCAUCUUCAGUGCCUUAAUCCACCUCUUAAGCGUAUCCCAAUGGGAAAGUGGCAAUGUCCAAAUUGUCAGAAAGGCGUUUUGCUAGAGCCCACAAGUAAUUUGGAUACAAUUUCAAAACGAGCAAGGACAAAGAUUGUUACCACAAAAUCCGGUUCUGGAAUCAAGUCACCUGAAAGAGAAAAAAUAUCCCGAAUAUUUGGAAAUACUAUAAUUGCAAAGAAAAGGUCCUCGAGCAAAGGAAAGUCUAUUUUAAGUCAUGGUGUAAAAUCCCCUGAAAAGAAACUUGUCUCCUCCCAAGUAGAUAAGUCUUCCAGUGUCAAGUCAGGAAAUUUACUUGAUGAUGCUCCUUUAGCAGGUAUUUCAUCAUCAUUAAAUGUUGAAGAUGAAAGAAAAUCUGAGAAGUCCCCAGUGGAAUCUGGGGAUAAGAGUUCAACCUCUCCUCUGAAGGAAGCUUCAUCUCCUUCUAAAGUUCCAGUAUCAGAACCAACUGAUGAAGCUUCUGCAGGGUAUUCUUCUCUUGAGGUGAAGCCCAGUUUGUCUUGUAACAAUGCUUCUGAAGGAAAUACUGUUGUACUUGCAAUUAGUGCAAAAGCUGAGGAGACAAGAAAAAGAAAACAUAAAGCCAACGAUGAGAAAAGUCAAAAGAAGUCUAGGAAUGACAAGGGAAAAGGUGUCGUUAGUAUUUCUAAACAACGCGGAUCUGGAGUAAAUACUGCAAAACCUGGAAGCAGUAAAUCGCGAAGGAAGCAUAGAUCUCUUAAUUCUCAUGUUUCGGUAUCGUUGUCAAAGGAAGACAUUGGAAUAAAGAAUUCUGACGUCGAGGGAAAAGACGAGAAGCUUCUUGAGGAUGCAAAAAACCCACCAUGCGAUAUGGAUAAAGAAGGGAAGCAGGUGGUUGACACACCUAUAUGUGAAAGUGCUGUAGCUGAAUCCCUGCAGGUUGAUCGUAUUUUGGGAUGUCGAGUUCUGGGCAAUAACAAUGACUCUUCACAUCACUUAUCGGUGACAGAUGCCAAUGACCGUUCUGAUGAAUUACUAAUUUCAGAAAAAGCAUCUGAGGAGAAUUAUGCCUCUGAUCAUGAGUUAGAUGUGGGAGCUGCUGAAAUUCUUACUGAAAGUACAGUAAAUGAUGUAACAAGUGUUGAUGCGGAAGAAUGCAUAAAAAAUGAUUUUAGAGUAGAUAAACUACAUGUAUACAAAAGAUGUGUGAACAAAGAAGGUAAAAAAGGGAAUGGAAUAGAUUUGAUGCAGAAAAAUUGUAAAAAUGCAGGAUUUACUACUGUGAUUGUUAAAGAUCAAGAUGAAUCUGCUGUGCCUACAGAGGAGUCAGGAAAAACACAUGAAAAAUUGGUGGCAGACGAGGCUAUGAAUUGUAGCUUGACAGGUCAUGAUGAUACUGAGGCUCCCCAAAUCUAUGAAACAAAUGGCUCUAAUGAAAGCAAGGAGGAAAAAGUUGUGGAUAAAGAAGUAAAAAGUGGUGAUGGUGCUGAAAACAAAAUUCAGGAGCCCACUGUUGCUGAAAGUGCAUAUGUUGACGGAGAGACGGUUCUGUAUGAAUUUUUAGUUAAAUGGGUGGGAAAGUCUCACAUCCAUAAUAGUUGGGUCCCUGAGUCCCAGCUGAAAGUCCUGGCUAAGAGGAAACUGGAGAACUACAAGGCUAAGUAUGGAACAUCCAUUAUAAACAUCUGCGAGGAAAAAUGGAAGCAACCGCAGAAGAUCAUAGCUCUUCAUUCAUCCAAUAAUGGUGGUGGUGAGGCUUUUGUGAAAUGGACCGGACUGCCUUAUGAUGAAUGCACUUGGGAGAGUUUGGAUGAGCCUGUUGUUAAAAUAUCUCCACACUUGGUUGAUUUGUUUAAUCAAUUUGAGCGUCAAACAUUAGAAAAAGAUGUUUCUAAGGAUGAAUUGCCAAGGGGGAAGGCUGAUUCUCAGCAAAAGGAAAUAGCUACUCUUGUGGAGCAGCCUAUGGAGCUAAAAGGAGGUUCAUUAUUUCCGCAUCAGCUGGAAGCACUGAAUUGGUUGCGUAGGUGCUGGCAUAAAUCCAAAAAUGUAAUACUAGCUGAUGAGAUGGGCCUCGGGAAGACAGUAUCUGCUUGUGCCUUCAUUUCAUCAUUAUAUUGUGAGUUCAAAGCUACUCUUCCUUGUUUGGUCUUGGUUCCAUUAUCCACAAUGCCUAAUUGGCUUGCUGAGUUUUCAUUAUGGGCUCCACAUUUAAAUGUUGUAGAGUAUCAUGGCUGUGCUAAAGCAAGAGCCAUUAUUCGUCAGUAUGAAUGGCACGCUAGUGAUCCAAAUGACACAAAUAAGAAAACGGCUGCUUAUAAAUUUAAUGUCCUCUUAACUACAUAUGAGAUGGUCCUUGCUGAUUCCUCGCAUCUACGUGGAGUUCCUUGGGAAGUUCUUGUAGUUGAUGAGGGGCAUCGUCUGAAGAAUUCUGGGAGUAAGCUUUUCAGCUUACUCAAUACAUUCUCUUUCCAGCACCGUGUGCUUUUGACUGGUACUCCUCUUCAGAACAAUAUUGGUGAGAUGUAUAACUUGCUUAAUUUCUUGCAGCCAGCAUCAUUCCCUUCCCUAUCUUCAUUUGAGGAGAAGUUUAAUGAUCUUACAACAGCCGAAAAAGUGGAUGAAUUGAAAAAACUUGUUUCUCCACAUAUGCUUCGUAGGCUUAAAAGGGAUGCCAUGCAAAACAUUCCCCCCAAGACUGAAAGAAUGGUUCCUGUCGAGCUUUCAUCCAUCCAAGCUGAAUACUACCGUGCUAUGUUGACGAAGAAUUAUCAGAUUUUGCGAAAUAUAGGGAAAGGGGUUGCACAACAAUCGAUGCUCAACAUUGUGAUGCAAUUAAGAAAGGUCUGCAAUCAUCCAUAUCUCAUUCCUGGCACAGAGCCUGAUUCUGGUUCAGUUGAAUUCCUUCAUGAAAUGCGGAUAAAAGCUUCAGCCAAAUUGACUUUGUUGCAUUCUAUGCUUAAGAUUUUAUACAAAGAAGGUCACAGAGUCCUUAUCUUUUCCCAGAUGACAAAACUGCUUGAUAUCCUUGAGGAUUACUUAAAUAUAGAAUUUGGGCCUAAAACAUUUGAGAGAGUGGACGGUUCUGUUGGUGUUGCUGAUCGUCAAACAGCAAUUGCCCGGUUCAACCAAGAUAAAAGUCGAUUUGUUUUUUUGUUAUCAACACGCUCAUGUGGUCUUGGGAUCAAUUUGGCAACUGCUGACACAGUCAUUAUCUAUGAUUCUGACUUCAACCCACAUGCUGAUAUCCAAGCCAUGAAUCGAGCACAUCGAAUUGGACAGUCAAAUAGACUUUUGGUGUACCGGCUUGUAGUUCGUGCGAGUGUUGAAGAACGCAUCUUGCAGCUUGCGAAGAAGAAACUUAUGCUUGAUCAGCUUUUCGUUAACAAGUCUGGAUCCCAAAAGGAAGUGGAGGAUAUUCUAAGAUGGGGGACAGAAGAGCUUUUCAAUGAUUCUCUUAGCACUGAUGGAAGAGAUACAGGUGAAAAUAGUACCAAAGAUGAGGCAGUGGUAGAUGUUGAACAUAAGCAUAGGAAGAGGGGUGGUGGUUUGGGGGAUGUUUAUCAGGAUAAGUGUACGGAUGGCAACAAUAAGAUUGUGUGGGAUGAAAAUGCGAUUAUGAAGUUACUUGAUCGGUCGAAUCUGCAGUCUGGAUCAACUGAUAUUGCUGAGGGGGACAUGGAGAAUGAUAUGCUUGGUUCAGUAAAGUCUCUUGAGUGGAAUGACGAACCAACUGAAGAACAAGGAGGAGCUGAAUCUCCUCCUGGUAUGACUGAUGAUAUGUCUGCACUAAGUUCUGAUAAAAAGGAGGACAACACUGUUACUGAAGAAAAUGAGUGGGACAGACUAUUGCGUGUGAGGUGGGAGAAAUAUCAAAGUGAAGAGGAAGCAGUUCUUGGUCGUGGGAAGCGUCAACGAAAAGCUGUUUCUUAUAGGGAAGCAUAUGCUCCACACCCUAGUGAAACAUUGAGUGAGAGUGGUGGCGAGGAUCGUGAGCCAGAACCCGAGCCCGAGCGGGAAUACACACCUGCAGGCAGAGCACUGAAAGCAAAGUUUGCUAGGCUCCGCGCCAGGCAAAAAGAGCGUCUUGCUCAUAGGAAUGCAGUUGAAGAAUCGCGUCCUACUGAAAAAUUGCCACUUGAGCCAUCCCCUCAUUGUCCUUCCACCAAUGCUGAAGAUUGCAGCGAGCAAGCAUCUGGACUGGUUCAAUCAGCCACAGAGAAGUCUUUAAUAAUUGACUUAGAGGAUAAACAAUAUGAUGCUCCCAAGAGGAUGAGUGGAUCUCCGUUAAGGCUUGGGAGGCUAUCAAAAAACAAAAUCAGCGGUCAUCUUGAUUGUUCUGUUAACCCUCUUGACCAUCCUUCUCCUGACAUAUUCCUUCCAAGCCACCAGCUCGCAGGAACAAAUUAUUGUAACUCAUUCACCAGCAAUUUAUUACCAGUUCUCGGGCUUUGUGCUCCCAAUGCUAAUCAAAUAGAAUCAUCACAUAAGAAGUUCUCAAGAUCAAAUGGCAGACAAAGUCGACCAGGAGCUGGACCAGAGUUUCCAUUUAGUCUGGCUCCUCAGCCUGGCACUUUGACUGAGACAGACAUAAACGUCGAGACCGUUACCAGCAGAAUGAAAUUAUCAGACGCUUUGCCAGAUUUUUCACAACAGCAUCUUAAGAGUGGCAUCCUAGAUGGCCGUCUCCCUCUUAGCCUGGAUAAGAUUUGCCUGCCGAACUUACCAUUUGAUGAGAAAUUGCUACCAAGAUUCCCACUUUCAUCUAAGAGUAUGCCUAGUUCACAUCUGGACUUCUUACCUAGCUUGUCUUUGGGUAGCAGAGAAGAAUCUGGAAAUGGCUCUUUGCAAGAUCUUCCAACAAUGCCAUUGUUGCCCAAUAUAAAAUUGCUGUCGCAAGAUGCACCAAGAUAUAAUCAGCAAGAGAGAGAGGCGCCUCCUACCUUGGGUUUGGGACAUAUGCCGACUAUGUUUUCAUCAUUUCCUGAAAACCAUAGGAAGGUGCUUGAAAACAUAAUGAUGAGGACCGGUUCUGGUUCAAGCAACCCAUUUCAAAAGAAAUCGAAAGCAGACAGAUGGUCAGAAGAUGAACUUGAUUUCUUGUGGAUCGGGGUUCGUAGGCAUGGGAGAGGUAAUUGGGAAGCAAUGCUCAGAGACCCCAGGUUAAAGUUUUCGAAGUACAAAACUUCAGAUGACUUGUCGGCCAGGUGGGAGGAGGAACAGCUCAAGAUCCUAGAUGGCUCAGUUUAUCCGGUGCCGAAAUCAACCAAGUCAACGAAGUCUACCAAAUCUUCAUCAUUUCCUGGCAUUUCUGAUGGAAUGAUGACAAGGGCACUACAAGGAAGUAGAUUUGUUAUGCCACCAAAGUUUCAAACCCACUUGACAGACAUGAAAUUGGGUUUUGGUGAUCUUGGACCAAAUCUGCCACAUUUUGAAGCAUCAGAUAGAUUGGGUUUGCAAAAUGAGCCAUUGCCCCCUGUUCCAACUUGGUUUCAUGACAAGUAUCGUGCAAAUAUCUCUGGUGAUUCUGCUGCUGGGCCUACGGAUAGACCAGGAACUUCUUCAAAUAUACCUGUUGAGAAGCCUUUUCUACUCAAUUCUUAUGGUACUAGUUGCUUGGGUUCGAGUGGUCUGGAUUCCUCUGUCAGCCAUGAUGUUAAGGGAAAGUCAGAUGAACAGGUUGGGAGUAAGUACGGAAAAUUGCCUAGUCUUCUAGAUAAAUCGCUAAAACUUUUGCGUGAUUCCACCAGUAACUUAGGCAGUGGUGAAUCCACUAGUACGGCAUUCCCGCCUGACCCUAGGAGAGGGUUCUCGCAUCGGAAGGGGGAAGAUGUAGCUGGAACUAGCUCUUCAAAGGACAGGCUGCCUCAUUGGCUACGGGAAGCUGUAAGUGCUCCAGCAAAGCGACCGGAUCCUGAGCUGCCACCCACUGUAUCAGCAAUUGCACAAUCAGUUCGGUUACUAUAUGGCGAAGACAAACCGACAAUUCCUCCAUUUGUGAUCCCUGGCCCUCCUCCUAUUUUGCCAAAGGAUCCAAGGCGGAGUUUAAAGAAGAAAAGGAAACGGAAGCAACAUCUGUUAAUGCGGGUUAAUCCAGAUAUUGCUGGAAGUAGCCAGGAUUUCCUGCACGGGGACAAUGCUUCAAGCUCUAUUCCCUUGGCCCCACCAUUUUCACUGCUUCCACAAGCAGCAGCGUCAAGAGUUGAAUCUGACCUCAACUUGCCUCCACUCCAUUUAGAUAUGAUGAUUCCGUCAUCCUCAUCAGCACAUGUAAAACAGCAUAAGAAAGGGAGCACUGGCUUGUCCCCUUCCCCUGAAGUGCUUCAGUUAGUAGCAUCUUGUGUUGCUCCAGGUCCACAUCUUCCAUCAGUUUCUGGCAGAACAAGCUCAAGCUUCCUUGACACCAAGCUCACAUUACCAAAACCCGAUGACCGAGUGGGUUGUUCAGACUCACAAAACUUAUUUGGAGAAAAGGAAGAUAAGCAGGAUUCAUCUCUUCAGGUACGGACUUCAAUUCCAGAAGAUAAAGUAGAUGAUCCUGAAAGUGGGGAUUCCAGCAAAACUCAUUCAGAUCCUUCCAGAACCGAACAGCCCAAUGAACCCAGUCUAGAGGAAAUAUCUUCCGAAGGAACUGUCUCGGAUCAUCCUUUGAGUGAUCAGGAGUCAUAGCUGUAAUUUGGUAACUGAAAAUUAAAAGAAAUUCUUUAUCACUGCUAAAGACUCUUCUCCAAUGUGCUCAAAUUUUUGUAGGUGUUAAUUGAGUGACGGCAUUGCCAAUAUAGGAUUGUUUAGAACAUGUCGUGUAAAGCUUCUGUUAGAGAAUGAAAUUAUAGUGCUUCCUUCCUUUGCCUCACUGCCUCGUCAGUUCAUGAGCUUUCUUUUCGCUUUCCAUGUUUCACCAGUAAGGUCCAUGUGUUAAGAAUGACACAUCUUGGGGGAUAUAUCAAAGAACUGGUAUUCGACUUGGGGAAUGUUU